AAUCAUCUUGUCCUUUAAUGAAAGAUCUCCAACACAAAACUUUAUUCACACUGAAAACCUGAGAUGUCCAUUUGCUGGAUCACUUGAAUGAGAACCUCAGCUCAGUGUGAUUAUGUGACAAAUGGAUGUCUUCAGUUUAGUCAAUGGCUCCUCCAGGCCCGAGGUCCUGACCAGUGGUGUGGACUCGCCUGAUGCCUCACUGACCCGUCCGCUGUUGGACCUGGAGGACAGUACCAAGCAUCUGGGGGUUCAAGUCAUUCUGAUUCUGGCCUACAGCACCAUCAUCCUCCUGGGUGUGGUGGGAAAUUCGCUGGUUAUCUAUGUAGUGUACAAGUUCAAAACGCUCCGCACUGUCACGAACUUCUUCAUUGCCAACUUGGCAGUAGCGGACCUGCUUGUUAACACAUUGUGUCUUCCCUUCACUUUGGCCUACACUUUACUCGGGCAGUGGAAGUUUGGGCAAGUGCUUUGCUUUACUUUACCAUAUGCACAGGGUCUUGCUGUCCAUGUCUCAACUGUAACCCUAAAUGUAAUUGCACUAGAUCGCCAUAGAUGUAUUAUUCACCAUCUGGAAACACGGCUAUCAAAAGACACCUGCUUUCUGGUCAUUGCUCUCACCUGGGUUAUAAGUGCUGUCCUGGCAAGCCCACUUGCCAUUUUUAGGGAGUAUGGGGUUGUUGAUCUCUCUCCAGGUGAAUCCAUUGAAGUGUGUGGAGAGAAGUGGCCAGGUAGCAGCACAGACAGCACUCUGUACUCAGUCUCCAUGCUGCUGAUUCAGUAUGUGUUUCCACUCGCUGUCAUUUCUUUCGCAUACAUCCGGAUAUGGAGCAAACUCCGUAAUCACAUAAACCCGGCUGGCCACAAUGACUCCCACCAUCGUCGCCGUAAAACCACUAAGAUGCUAGUCACCAUGGUUGUGGUGUUUGCGGUGAGCUGGCUGCCAUUCCAUGCCUUCCAGCUGGCGAUUGACAUUGACAGCAGUGUCCUGGUAAUGAGAGACUUCAGGCUUUUGUACACAGUUUUCCACAUUGUGGCUAUGUGCUCCACCUUUGCCAACCCGCUUCUCUAUGGCUGGAUGAACAGAAACUACCGAAGUGCCUUUAUGGCGGCCUUUCGAUGUGAGAAACAGCUUGGUUCAGCGCACCCUGAUGUUCAUAAUGCUAUGACAGUCCGCACCAAAAAGGCUCUUGAGGCCCGUAAUGUGCUUGAAACACAACUCAAGGCCACAGAAGUUUGAGAUUACUUAAAAAUAUUACAUGCUAAUCGUCAGACAAAAUCCACUGUGGGAUAAGCUGCAUAUGACUCCAUCAUCAGGAGGUUCAAUCCUUUAGAAAGGUCCAUUUGACUAAAAUAGACAUUGAAACAAACAAAGGUUUUAAUCUCCCACAAUAAAUCUUUGAUGUUUGCCGUAAUACAGGGUGAUUUUAAAAAUGUUAACAUUUUUCUUUACAGUUUUCAUUUUAUUGCAUGGCAUUAGGUGUAACCUGUGAGAAAUCCAUAUGGACCCAGUGGC